UGCUGCGCUUCUGCUGCGCUCAAUCAACUGGCGCUGUGACACUGUUACAUUGUUGCAUGCCAUUGUGAUUUCAUGAAGGAAACUACUAACUUUGUAUGCGUUUGAACAUCAAGAAGGCGCGCUUGUUUCUAUUUGAACAGCUUCGGAUCUUACAUUGGAUUUAAUAUACAGAUCAAUAGUGGAUCAUUGGAAAUGCCAAAGAAGAUGACUCUUAGCUGUUGGACGGUUUGCCUGUCUCUGUUGGCAUCUGUCACAGAGCUCAUUGUUCUAGCCAGCCCUGAUGUGAACGAAAGCCAGCAACAGCAUCCUCAAAAUGUGUACCAUGAUAUUGGCGUUACCAGAAACAAGAUUGUGACUGCACAGUUCGAGUGCUAUCAAAAGAUCUUGAAGGACAACGAUCAAGAAAGAAGAGGUGGCCCAGUGUGCAACAGGACAUGGGAUGGAUGGUUAUGUUGGGAUGACACUAAUGCAGGCAUCACUUCUGAGCAACACUGCCCCGACUAUUUCCAGGACUUUGACCCCACAGAAAUGGUCACCAAAAUAUGUACAGAAAGUGGGCAGUGGUUCUUGCAUCCCGAGAGCAACCGAACAUGGACAAAUUUCACCAGAUGUAAUUUGCACACUUCCGAAGGAAGACGGACCGCAAUGAACUUGUUCUACUUGGCGUUAAUAGGUCAUGGACUCUCCUUAACAUCUUUGUUUAUCUCACUUGGCAUAUUCUUCCAUUUUAAGAGUUUGAGCUGCCAAAGAAUAACCCUGCACAAAAACUUGUUUUUUUCCUUCGUAUUAAACUCUGUCAUCACUAUUAUUUGGUUAACCGGAGUGGCAAACAACCAGGAAUUAGUGCAACGAAAUCCAAUCAGUUGCAAAGUGUCACAGUUUAUCCAUCUGUACAUCUUUGGAUGCAACUACUUCUGGAUGUUGUGUGAAGGAAUUUACUUGCACACACUCAUUGUGGUAGCUGUGUUUGCUGAAAAACAGCAUUUAAUGUGGUACUACCUACUAGGAUGGGGUUUCCCACUUAUACCAGCUACAAUACAUGCUGUAGCCAGAAGUUAUUACUACAAUGAUAAUUGUUGGAUCAGCUCAAAUACUUCUCUGCUAUACAUUAUUCAUGGCCCUAUCUGCGCCGCUCUGUUGGUGAACUUGUUCUUUCUGUUGAACAUUGUACGAGUCCUCAUCACCAAACUGAAAGUGACACAUCAGGCUGAGUCUAGUCUGUACAUGAAAGCUGUCCGAGCCACCCUUAUUCUGGUUCCACUACUGGGCAUCCAGUAUGUUCUCCUCCCUUACAAACCUGGGGGGCGUGUUUCUGCUGAAAUCUACGACUACAUCAUGCAUAUUAUUAUGCAUUAUCAGGGACUGUUGGUCGCCACAAUCUUCUGCUUUUUCAAUGGAGAGGUACAAGCAGUUUUGAGAAGACACUGGAACCAGUACCGUAUCCAGUUUGGAAGCACCAUCACACACUCUGAUGGUUUGAGGUCUGCCUCGUACACUGCUUCCUCCAUAACAGAAGUCCAGGGCUGUUACAGCAUUGACGGCCACACAGAACACUUGAACGGCAAGAGCUGCCAUGACAUUGACAACACCAUCUUAAAACCAGAGAACCCCUUCGCCUGAUGCCACAAAAUGUGGCAGUGCACCAUUUCAGAAAACUGCUGAUUAACGUGACAGCUGUCACAUGGCUGAAUUGGACCUUUUUCUCAUAUUUCACUGCGUGUGCUCUCUGAAGGGUAAAGGAGAAAAGCCAUUUCUCCUAGUAUUUACACUGAAAAACAUUUUGCUACCUUCGGUGUUGUUAAAUUGACAAAUGCAAGCAUUAUUGGCCUUGUCUUUGUACAAUAGAGUAUUUUAGUUUGCUUUACUGCUAAGUGGAAUAACGUGUAAAUAUGUUGCAUUUUUUCAGAUAUCAUGUAUAAUGCACUUCUUUGUCUUAUAGUAUCAGCCAUCUGAUGAAACAAUUCUGUUUAAUUAUAAUUCUAACCCAAAUGAAGACCACAAAAAUAUGUAUUUUUACUACAGAAGGAAAGGAAAAAUGCAAAUGAAAAAGUCACAAAAUACAACCAGUGCUCCUUUGUCUUUUAUGAUAAAGAUUUGGUAAAUCUUUUAAUGUGAAACUUAAUUUUAACUGUAUAAUAGUCAAAGGUUUUCUUCGUUAUCUUCCAAAAAAACUGAUCUAUAUCUUCUGUAAGACAUCAAUGUGAUACUAUUCUGUUACACAACUUUAGUCUUUAAUUGCUACAUAUUGAAAGGAAUCUAGGUAUGGAUUGGAUAUUUCUGUAUAACGGUAAAGUGUGCAUUUUUUAUGCCAAAAUAAGUUUUCUUAUCCCAGAUUAAUAUGCAGAGAAAAUUAUAAGUAAUCCAUUUGUUGGUUGAUUUAAAUGAAAAUUAUAAACAUGGUGGCUCUGUAGCACCAUCAUAACAUUUUUUUUUUUAUUAUUACUAGGGGUGCGUUUCCCAAAAGCAACAUUAGCCAACUAUGGUCGCAAGUUCCAUCAUUACACAGUUCAACGAUUUGGUGUUUCCCAAAACCGUAGUUCAAACAAACAUCCUCAAAGAGCAUCGCAAAGGGUAACAGUUUAUUUUGAUGGUCCCAAGUAGAUAUUUAACUGACUAUAAGUGACAUAUCAACUGGCUUGCUAUAGCUAGUAAACAGUGUUUCAACAAAUAUUCAGUAGACUAUCAGUAGCCUGUAUAUAACAGCAGCAAAAUAACAGCUUAUCAACUGACUUGCUAUAGUUAGUAAACAGUGUUUCAACAAACAUUCAGUAGACUUUCAGUAGCCUGUAUAUAGAUCUCUUUUAAUGACCUACUUACAUUAUUGUUGAGAACAUCAUUUCAU